CAUCAGCAGGCGGACUCUCAACCACUGCGCCACCAGGGAAGCCCCAUGUAUGUAUUUUUUAAGUGUUCAGAGCCAUCUGCUGGUUUUAUUCUGAUGCCCUUCAGUGACCAACUUUCAAAACAGAACCUUAAAGAUACCGGGUUCAUACUCAGUACCAGUCCUUGGUCAUGGUGGCAACAGCUGACAGUGGGUAUGAUGGUUUGGAUCAUUGUCUGCUCUUGGAAAAACAGUCUCUGUCCUCCAGACCAAAUAGAAUCACCUUCAAAAUCCUUGCAUAUCUUCACUGCAUAGUCGUUUGCUGAUGAGACAACACACCAGAGCCCAGGCAGGGAGAGUAAAUGCAGACAUGUGUCAAAGAAUAAGUAUGAGUGGAUUUUUUUCAGCAAUGAAAGAACCUUCUAGAAAUGGGGGUUGCCAUCUUCAGAAUGAUUCCCUGCAGAGCAGCGCUGUCUUUUGCGCGAUGUCUGAUCCGGAGAAAAAUCGUCACUCUGGACAGUCUAGAAGAUACCAAACUGUGCCGCUGCUUAUCCACCAUGGACCUCAUUGCCCUGGGCGUUGGAAGCACUCUGGGUGCCGGGGUUUAUGUCCUCGCUGGCGAGGUUGCCAAAGCGGAUUCUGGCCCCAGCAUCGUGGUCUCCUUCCUCAUCGCUGCGCUGGCUUCCGUGAUGGCAGGCCUUUGCUAUGCUGAAUUUGGGGCCCGAGUUCCCAAGACUGGGUCUGCCUAUUUGUACACUUAUGUUACUGUCGGAGAACUGUGGGCCUUCAUCACUGGCUGGAAUCUCAUUUUAUCUUAUGUGAUAGGAACAUCAAGUGUUGCAAGGGCUUGGAGUGGCACCUUUGAUGAACUUCUUAGCAAACAGAUUGGUCAGUUUUUCAGGACAUACUUCAAAAUGAAUUAUACUGGCCUUGCAGAGUAUCCUGACUUUUUUGCUGUGUGCCUUAUAUUACUUCUAGCAGGUCUUUUAUCUUUUGGAGUAAAAGAGUCUGCUUGGGUGAAUAAAGUCUUCACAGCCAUUAAUAUCCUGGUCCUUCUCUUUGUUAUGGUCGCUGGGUUUGUGAAAGGAAACGUGGCAAACUGGAAGAUUAGUGAAGAGUUUCUCAAAAAUAUAUCUGCAAGUGCCAGGGAGCCACCUUCUGAAAAUGGAACAAGUAUCUAUGGGGCUGGUGGCUUUAUGCCUUAUGGCUUUGCAGGAACUUUGGCUGGGGCUGCAACCUGCUUUUAUGCCUUUGUGGGAUUUGACUGCAUUGCAACAACUGGUGAGGAAGUCCGGAAUCCUCAGAAAGCUAUUCCUAUUGGAAUUGUGACUUCUCUGCUCGUUUGCUUUAUGGCCUAUUUUGGGGUCUCAGCAGCUUUAACACUGAUGAUGCCAUACUACCUCCUCGAUGAGAAAAGCCCGCUUCCUGUAGCGUUUGAGUAUGUUGGAUGGGGUCCAGCCAAAUAUGUCGUUGCAGCAGGCUCCCUCUGUGCUUUGUCAACAAGUCUUCUUGGAUCCAUUUUCCCAAUGCCUCGUGUAAUCUAUGCUAUGGCGGAGGAUGGGUUGCUUUUCAAAUGUCUAGCUCAAAUCAAUUCCAAAACGAAGACACCAAUAAUUGCUACUUUAUCAUCGGGUGCGGUGGCAGCUGUGAUGGCAUUUCUUUUUGACCUGAAGGCCCUCGUGGACAUGAUGUCCAUCGGCACCCUUCUGGCCUACUCUCUGGUCGCAGCCUGUGUUCUCAUCCUCAGGUACCAGCCUGGCUUAUCUUACGAGCAACCCAAAUAUUGUCCUGAGAAGGAAGCUCUGGGAUCGUGUGCCAACACUGCCUCCAAAAGCGAGUCCCAGGUCACUGUGCUGCCAGGACAGGGCUUCAGCCUGCAAACCCUCUUCAGCCCCUCGCUUCUGCCCACAAAACAGUCGGCUUCUCUCGUGAGCUUCCUGGUAGGAUUCCUUGCAUCUCUCAUCCUGGGCCUGAGUGUUUUGACCACGCAUGGAGUCCACACUAUUGCCAGGCUGGAGGCGUGGAGCCUCGCUCUUCUUGUGCUGCUGCUUGUUCUCUGCAUUGCCAUUGUGCUCCUCAUUUGGAGGCAGCCUCAGAAUCAGCAAAAAGUAGCCUUUAUGGUUCCGUUCUUACCGUUUUUGCCAGCCUUCAGCAUCCUGGUGAACAUUUACUUGAUGGUCCAGUUGAGUGCAGACACCUGGAUCAGAUUUAGCAUUUGGAUGGCGCUUGGUUUCCUGAUUUACUUCGCUUAUGGCAUUAGACACAGCCUGGAGGGUAAUUCGAGGGAUGAAGAUGAUGAUGAAGAUAUUUAUUCAGACAACAUUAAUGCAGCGACAGAAGAAAAAUCUGCCAUUCAAGCAGAUGACCAUCACCAAAGAAACCUGAGUUUACCUUUGGUAUUCCAUGAAAAGACCAGUGAAUGCUAGUACCUGCAGGAGCAGAGCUGGUCCACAGUCUUCACGUACGUAUCCUACAUGGAGUGAACCAUGACGGAUGCCAUCAUCAUGCUAGGUUGUCAUCGGUUUGCUGCAGACACAGUUCACCCUAAUUUAUACUUACUCACCUGGACAGCACCUCCUCAGAUGGUGAAUUAUGCAUCCAGGGAAAACACCCUGAGCUCGCUCCUCAGUGAUGAAUGUCCCCCAAUAGUGGGACUGUGGGAGUGUGUGUGUGUGUGUGUGUGUGUGUGUUUGUAUGUGUUGGGGAAUGUCAAUGUUACAAGUUGUUGGUGUUUUACUAUUAUUGUAUUGCAUUUUUCCAGUGUUGUCAUUAAUCGGUAGUCUAUACUGCACAUACUGAAAUGGAGAUAAUCAUGGAAUAGAAAAACAUUUUGUAUGUGCUGGGUGUGGUUGGGGAAAUAGCGGUUGCUUUUCCUUAUUAGGCUUUAUUAAUGUCAAGUUAGAACAUGCUAAAAAUGCAUUUACCCAUCACAGUGUCUGUCAUUGGUCUGGAGUAAGAGGAGGGGAUAGGAAAUGAGCCUUUUCUACAACUUAUAAUGCCAGCAGUGGGUUUAGUACAGACUUUUCUUCCGUAAGGUGUGACAGUUUGCCAAAACCUUCACCAGUAGGAGCGUUCGUGUCUGCCGUACUGCGCAGGGCAGGAGUGGCCCUCUGUGUCAUCAGAUGUCAGGCACCCCUUUGAACUGCUGUCUUCUUUGGGAACAGUGGUCCUUAAAUGUGAGGCCUUCACCUUCUGUGAAUGAUAUAUUCCCCCCUGCCCUGCCCCAGUCCAGCAGGGGCUUGAGAGAGGUAGUGUGACCUACUGGGACCCUUUGUGCUAGAGAGUGAACGUGGUCCCCGUGGGCAGGAAGCUCGUGUGAGUGGCAAAGAUGAGGAUAUGUUUGAAGAUCAGAGUAGACGUGUGCCUGGACAAGUAGACCCCCAAGCACCCCUGUUUUAAAAGUCAGUUAAAAUAAGCCAGUAGAAUCUCCCAGAUCGCACAAUUGGUGGAAUGAUUUUCCAUUACUUAAUAAAUAAUCACAGUUCAACUUUUUUUUCUAACUCAGUAGCAAAUUCUCUUUCUACUACAUGCAAAAAAAAGGAAAAAAUGAAGGGAUACAAGAAAAGAAAAUUCCCCUAUUCUGAUUUUAAAGUGCCUAUUCAGUUAUUAAAGGGCAUUUGACCCAAUUUUAGGGGUUCAGAUCUAAUUUGCCUCUGAUGUUUCUUUUGGAAACAGGGAUGUGUUUCUUUCCCCAUCCCAUAAAUUGUUUAGCACUUUUAAUUUUGAGGAAAUAAUUUGUUUUUAAAUGUCAGAUUCUCUAAUUACUGUAUUUUACUUUAUAGUGUUCUCUAAUAGUGGACUACUUAGCUGCAGUGUGUUUUGCUUCUCAUGAAUUAUUUUUCUUACAAAUAAUUAUAUGGUUCACUAGAUGAGACUGAGUCUAAACACUUACAUAUGUAUGGGUUAUAUUUCCAGGAAGAACAUUAUCCAGCCCAGGUGACCAGCUUAAUCCAAAGGCAAGGAAAACAUUUAUUUUCUGACAGCUUUUCCAAGAGAUGUCACUUUAUUUUUUUCAUUAAAAAGCAAGUUAUGAUUAUGGAGGAGUUUAUUGUGAUUAAAUAUCCAAUAAACAGGUAGAAGGCCUGGGUUUCUGGCUGCUAGUGUUGUAGCAUCUCUGACAUAGAACUCAGUACUAACAUUCCACAAUUUCCAGGGUGCACACGGUAAAAUCUGAAGCCCAGAAUUCUUUUAAGCUGCAUGUUUUACUGGAGAGGAAGAGUUGGCUAUGCAAGGGGUAAAGUAUUUCUGUAAGCACUGUGGGCCUAAUCAUAAGUCCUUGCUGUCAUUGCAAUAUACUGAGAAGCCCUUUUUUUUCUGAAUUCAUUCUAGAACAGGCCCUUCACACAGGGAACAUGAAGAAUUUCAUAUGUGAAUAUUAAAACUUUUACUGUAACAAUAUCAAGAAAUUUGUUUAGAACAUGACAGGCAGCUAAAACUAUUAUGCCCACUGUGUUCAAUUAGGAGCAGAAUUUAGUUAAAAAUUAUUUUUCUACCUUGAAACACUUUACAAAUACAAAUGUCUAUGAAAAGAUGCUUUGUCCGUGACUAUGCUUUUUUUCUGUGAAAACUCAAAUGUAUGUUCAUAUGUAUGUGUGAGUGUGUAUAUAUACACGUAUAUAUAUGUGUGUGCAUAUUUCAAACGUCAGUGUAGAAGUCAGCUGGGUUUAGGAUGGGGUUUGGAAAUAAUACUGUUGUCUAGAUUUUAAAAACCCAACUGAUGGAGAAAAAAUAAUGUUUUAUAUUGAUAGGUAUGCUUAUGCAAAAUUUUUAGGUUUUAAACUAUUUUGAAAUAUAUAGCGAUUUUAUAUGUAUAAUAUUUUCUAUAGAUAGAUUCUUUAAGAAAGAUAUAUUUAUAAUGUUUCUAAUAUGAAAUCACUGAAGUCUGGUACAUUAUACCAGGAGCUUUAUAAUCUGAAAUGGAGUUGGGGGCGGGGGCAUUAGGGGAUUUCUGUUUAUUGUUUCUGCUGCACCUUUUCUGACAUUUCUGUCUUGGUUUGUGCUUAUUAGGAAAAGCCAGUACUACCAGGUCUUUUAUCACCUCUCUGUUCCUACAUUUGAAUUUAUAACCUUUUGAACAAAAUGUUGUUUUUACUUUCCUAGGAUUACCAAAAUGUUCUGUACAGCUUUUACUAGUAAUCAGUCACACUUAUAUAAAGUCCUUUCCAUAAAUUAAAAAAUACAUAUACAUUCUCUUAAUUGUGACUGAGUAAAAACAGCUUGAAUUACCUUUCUUUUUUGCACUAGGAAAUAUGCUCUCUGAUCUCAGUGAGAAACUUUAAUAAUAGCACCUUUAUUUUAUACUCUUAAAAAAGAAAGAUGAUUUGUGAAUAACCAUACAAAGGCCAUGCCUACCCUACAUUUAAUUAGGUAGCUGUACAAAUCCAAGUUUAAAAACUAUUUAUGAGAAAAUGUAGAACUUUUUGAUGUAUACUGAAACACAGAGUACUGCUUAAUCACAUUUUCCCCAGAGAUGAAUAUCAAGAAAAGACCAAAACAUCAUUUGAGGUAUAUACAUUAAUGAAGAACUAAUGAUGAUAGCUAUAAAACUUUACUGUUAUCAACCACACUUGAUAGAAAAUAUGUUUCAGAAUUACCUUCCUUUAAAAGACAAGGGCCUGUCUUCUUCAAAUUUUUCUGAAUAAAAGAUUUUUAAACUUCGUUUAUUUUAAAUAUUAGCCAAAAUGUCUUCUAAGUACUGUGUAUUUACAGGUAGAUGUUAAAAUCUUUUGAAUUAGAAUUUGUAUUUACCAAACUAUUUUCAAAACAUAUUUGAAUGCAGGGAGAAUAAGGAAAAGUAAUCGCCCGCCAAUGCUGAUAGUGCCAGAGGGAGCAGAUUAGUCUUAACUUUGCUUCCUCUUAGAUCAGCAUAUUCUGAGAUUAUAAACCACGUGAUAAAAUUGUGCCAAGAUUCCAACUCUUACUUACCUGUGACGUUGCUUCUGAUGUUCUCUGUCUCAGUUUCUCCUGAUGUGCUUCAAGCGACAGUGCAAUUCAAACUAAAAACACAACGUCCACAGAAUUUUAAAGGAUUGGGUUUAGAGUGUGCAUCAUGGAAUAUUAAUAUUCACAUGAUCAGUGUGAAUUUCUUGGGGGGUUAUGAUUAACUGGGCUUUUUGGUUUGUUUUUGGUUUUUGUCUAGUGCCAAAAUAGUGCCUUCUCCGUAUAUUUUCUACCUACAUUUUCUUACUUGUCCUAAAAUAUCAAGGGAAAAAGUACCAAAGUUCACGUAGGAACUAAUGCCAUCACAGGUCAUUUUUCAGACACGUAGAUGUGAAAAUGAGGUUGCUUGACUUUGUUGUUUAGCUGAGUUUUUUUUUAUCUCCUUGUAUAAUCAUAUUUAAACAAUUUUUAAUGGCUUUCUGGUUUCUGAAUUUUGAGAGGCGUGAUCUGUUAUUGUUGUGGUUGUUGGUUUAGUGGUUGGUUUUUGUAACAUUAUUGUCUAUAUGUACACAGUUUAGUCAUGUUCAUUUCAAAUGUGUUUUGUUAUGGCUCAACCCGAUUGGCAACCCUGUUUGCUGGGAGCACUGUCUUAGCUUUUAUUCCUCACGGCUGAAGCCACUGCCAUAAUCUCUGGCCUUAAAGAGCUUUCACUGACCACUGACAGCAGCUCCAUGGGGAUCAUAACCAGGACCCUGGGUCAGGCAGGCUGCAAAGUAUGAGCGUCUAUAGCUACCCCGUUGGUGGGGGCUUGUGAUGACAGGGUAGGAUAUGAAGUGAAAGACUUCACAUGAAACUAAGGUAGUUUGGGGUCCUUAAUUUCAGCCCCAAAUAUCCCAGGAGUACAAGGUAAAUGAUAAGGACCAAGGAACCUCUAUGACUCAUGGAAAGGAUGGCUGCUUCCUGGAACUGGCACCACUGCAGUUUCUGCACCAGCACUAACAGCCAUGGGCAGGAAAGUGCGUAGGCCUUGGCACAGUUGGUAAAGAACCUUGUGUUGCCAACAGGACAGGUUUCUCUGGCCCGUGCCUGGUUAACAGGCUUUCCAUCUUUGAUGCCCGAUUGUUUCAUUGCUUUAUUUUGUUAUCAUUGUACUUAAUAGAAGCUGUUGAUAGGGCCUAAAACCCUGCAGAAAUUCUAUGUCUGUAAAAACCAACAGAUACAUUGGUCUUAUGCGAAUAUAGAGUUUUUUUUGUGUAGUAGGUAAUUUUAAAUUUAAAUGUCUCUAAUGAUAAUCAGUGUUCCUUAUUACUUAUAAAGUUGGAUUAUUUUGUAGAAUUUGUAAUGAAUGAAAACUGCUGCUGCUUUACCACUGUAAAAUACGCUUUCUAACAUGACCAUGUAUUUUUUAAAUAAAUUUUAAU